UCCGUGCUGCACAGUCGCCGCGGCCGCCGCUCCGCCUCCGUGUGAUCUGUGUCCUGAAGUCACUGUCCACUUCAGGACUUUGGUCGUCUCCGAUCCACCCCCUGCUCUUCUUACAUGCUUCUCUGCUGCACAGACGCGCCACUCAUCUCCAGGCCGCACGCCCUGUUGCUGCAUCUGCGCCUCUGGUGACCUGGUCAACUCAGAGCGCCUGCAUCGUCCCCCCUGCCCCCCUGCGCCCCUUGCCCGUCUGCUGUGGGAUUGACUGCAGAUCCAGUCAGCUUUUCAGAAUGAGCGUGUUACCUGAGAUGGUGCCAUUUGAGGAGGGGCUGCUGCAGGGGAUGGUGACCUUUGAGGACGUGGCCGUGAGCUUCACCUGGGAGGAGUGGCAGUUCCUGGACGACGCUCAGAGGACCCUCUACCGAGAAGUGAUGCUGGAGACCUACGGGAGCCUGGCAUCCCUGGGGUGUUGCGUGAACAGACCUGAAGUAAUGGUCAAGCUAGAGGAAGGGCCAGAGUCGUGGACUGUGGAAGCGCCCCCAGAUGAGAGCCUCUCAGUUACAGGCAUCCAACGUGUGAGUGACCUUACUGACAUCCACCAGGAAAACGAUGGCCGGCAUUUGUGGAACGUUUUCAACACUACUAGCAAAGACUCUACUGAAGAGAAAUCUGACGUAAGAGAAACACACGGUUUCAGUCCAAGCCAUAUUAUGAAAGUGGUUAUACAAGAUGGACAGGAUCCAGGCGUGAUCACUGAGAACUUUGAUCUGUUUAAGGACAUAUUCGUCCCCGUACAGCCUGAGGAGGAUCAUGAUGGAGCGAACCCAGAGAGGGCUGUGCCGACAACUGAGGCAUUCCAAGGAGAGCCUGAGCAGCCUAGUUUUCAUCAGAAGAUUCUGACUUUGCAGCAGCCCUCGGCGUUUGAUAGAGAAGACAAAACCUUCUGUAAGGAAGAAGUGAUGUUUACACAUGGGAGGGCUCUUAUUGGAGAGACUGCCUGUGAAUAUAAUGAGUACGGGGAGGCCUGUGACACCUCAGCGCUCUUUGCCGAAGAUCUGAAUCACAUGGGUCAGACUCACUACGGAUGUAACAACUGGGGGCAAAUCUGUUUUGAAGAUCCAGCACAGCUGAUUCUUCAGACAGAUUCUGAGUAUGAGCGCCACAAAUGGAAUCAAAGCGGCGAUGAUUUCAGCAAGUUACUACAUCUCACUGAACAUCAGAGAAGUCAGCUAAGGGAGAAAAUUGAAGAAAAUAUAUGUGGUAAGACUUGCUUUAACUUCUCUGUUAUGGCUGAGCAUCAGAACAUAGAACCAGGUGAGAAAUCCUAUGAAUGUUGGCAAACCUGUGGGAAUCCAACCCUGAGCAGCCAGGGAAUUCUCAAGCCAGCAAAGCGUUAUGAGUGUAAAGACUGUGAAAAAGUUUACAAGUGGAAGUCAACCCUCACUAGACAUCAGAGAACUCACACAGGAGAGAGACCCUAUGAAUGUAAAGAGUGUCACAAAUCUUACUACCUUAGAGCAGACCUCAACGUACACCAGAGAAGUCACACUAAAGAAAAACCCUAUCAGUGUAAUGAAUGUGGGAAAAAAUUCACAUAUAAGUCAUAUCUAAAGAUACAUCAGAAAUCUCACACAGAAGAGAAACCCUAUGAAUGUGAAGAAUGUGGGAAAAUUUUCUACCGGAAGUCAGGACUCAUUAAUCAUCAAAGAAUUCACACAGGAGAGAAACGCUAUGAAUGUAAAGAGUGUAAAAAAAUGUUCUACUGGAAAUCACAACUCGAUAUGCAUCAGAGCCUGCACACAGUGCAAAAACCCUACGAAUGUAAAGAAUGUAACAAAUCAUUCUGCCUGAAGUCAUCAUACACUCUACAUCAGAGAAUUCACACGGGACAUAGGCCCUACGAAUGUCAAGAAUGUAGUAGAACUUUCUGCUAUAAAUCAAAUCUCACAGUGCAUCAGAGGGCUCACACAGGAGAGAGACCCUAUGAAUGUAGGGAAUGUAGCAAGACUUUCUAUCAGAUGUCCCAGCUCAGUAGACAUCAGGCAAUUCACACGGGAGAGAAACGCUAUGAAUGUGAAGAGUGUGGGAAAACUUUCUACUGGAUGUUUGAACUGAACUACCAUAAGAGAAUUCACACGGGAGAGAAACCCUAUGAAUGUGAAGAGUGUAGGAAAACUUUCUACCAUCGGUCAGACCUCACUGUACAUCACAGAAUUCAUACAGGAGAGAGACCUUUUGAAUGUAAAGAGUGUGGGAACACCUUUUGCCAGAAGUCACACCUUACUAGACAUCAUAGAAUUCACAAGCGACUUAAACCCUAGGAAUGUAAAGAUGUUGAAAAUACGUCGACCAGAAAUCGCACCUCACUGAACAUUUUGAGACCUCACUCAGGGCUUAAUCCUGUGUGAGAGACAGCAUAUCCACAAAACAGGUUCUUUUUUGUUGAAACGAGCAUGCAAUUCUGUGCUCCCUUUACCAUGUUGGGUUUCUGUAACUUAACUAUGGCUGUACAAACAAACAGUACUGUCCGAGCCAGGUCACAAAGAAAACUCCAUUCUCAUAUUUUUCAGACCUCGUUUUCCUGCACGGCACUCCUGGUUUUCCUAGGAACCCAGGGUGAACAUCCAGUGGUUUCAGAAAGGAGCAGUGUACUGGGAAGAGCAGAGUCUUCCCACUUGACUCAGCAGUCUCCGUGGGUGCUUCCCUGGGUGAAAACCUAUUUUCUUCCAGGGGUCUUCCAUGUGAUGUCCUUGAGCAUCAUGUUUCAGGAAGCUCUGGACUGGGACAUGCUGCGAGCACUCACUUACACUUCAAUGUAAAUUCCCAGAGCAGAGUGCUGUGGCGUCUUCUCAAGCGUAUGGAAACUCCAAAGGAGGCGAAGACUAGUUGACAUAGUGCAUCACCUUUCAGCUGCAAUUUGGGUGUGGAGCAGCCUGAGCAGGCUGCUCUAGAGAAGCUCAAGAUUCCCUGUGUGUUUCCUUAAGCGAGUCCAAAGGAGCAAGCCUAAUUCCCCAUGGACUGGCCUGUGAGUUUCCAGUGUCCGUGGCUUUAGCCAAGAAAACAGGUCUGAAAAUUCCAGGUUUGUAAGAUCUUGGUAGAGUUUUCAAGAAAAUUGUGUAUGUUUUGAAAAUAAUAUACCCCUAGGCUGAGGUGGUAGGUUUCGUUGUUCGCAGGAACAUGGGCUUAAUAGUGUAGUGAAGUCCAUGGAAAGUUCCAGUGCUUUAUGUAUAGCUGGUAAAUGGCGGUUGUGUCCCAGAGGUAACUCCUGGUUGGAGCUCCUCAGGAAGCGCCUGGAGGGAAAGUGGGGGAGGCUGCUCAGAUUGUGUUCUUUCCCCAGGGAUUUGAGGCAGUGCCUUCUAGAGGCCACAGCCCCCCAGAACUAGGUCUCUGCUGAUCCUGGGGUUGGCACCGACAGCUGUGAGUCCUGCCGACCCCAGGCUAGGGCACAGCUGUGGCCUGUUGUGCUUAGAGCGGGUUGGAGAUCCACUGCCCGCUCCAGGUGGCAGGCCCAGGGACCCCCCAGGACCCCUGGUGCAGCGCCCGCCCAGGGUUGCCAGCAGCUUUGCGUCGCCCGAGGCGCUCUGCGGGUGGAGGGUCCAGAGCAAGGCCGGCUUGGGUGCAGGGGCGUCAUCCGGUGGCGAGCCUUGCCAUGUAAGUGCCCGCCGACGUCUGGGAGCCCCGCUGUGGGGUUCCACGGCACCCCAAGGAAGCAGAGCUUCUGCGCCUGGAAGGCAGUCCUGGGCCCCGGAGCCGAGCUGGCGGUGACUGAGUGGGGGCGCUGUGGGGACGCAGCUCGUUAGUCUGCAGUUCUGCCCUUAGGGACUCGGGUGCCCCUUUCGGUGACUUUGGGGCUCGGAGCUGCCAGACCUAAGUGUCAGAAUCUCUGACUGCCCAAAUCGGUGAAGAGGGGCUAUGUUGUAAAUAGGUAAAAUGCCGCUGCCUGUUUGGGCGUCCGUAACAGGCUCCACAGGCAGUGUCCGGUGGCAGUGGGAGCCCGGCGGGGCCUCAGGCCUGGGCCUCCCAUUUCUUCAGUGACGUAGGGCCGCUUUCCUCCCUGUCACUGCAUGGUGACAGGUGAGCCUGCGGCCUCUGUAGGGUUAUAGUCGUGCACAGCACGGGGGCCUCGGCACUUGCCUGGUGGGUCUCAGCCGUGGGCCACCGGCGGGCUCUUGCUCGGAGCCCAUCAAGCACCCGGGCCGGGAGCAGGGCCACCAGCUCCGCCGCCCCGGCCUUGGUUCCCUGCGGCGUGUGCUCCGAGGAGCUGCCCCGGCCUUGGGCAUGCGUGACCGUUUUGAUACCUGCAGGGCUGAGCAGGCACAGGGCAGCUCGUCCUUGAGCUUCCCCUUCCAGUUCCUGGCCGCGGAGCUGGAGAACCCCAGGAUCUGCAAGAAAGGGAGCCCAGGUGUGAGCCCCGCGGGAGUCGGGUGCGGGCAGAGGCGAGAGCAGCUCCCGUGGGGGCUCCUGCCGUGAUGGGGGUAUCUCCUGCCAUUGAUGGGGGGUCUCCUGCGGUUGAUGGGGCUUUAUGAUUUCCGGCACGACAUGGAGAAGCCCCAGGAAGAUGCAAGCUAAUGUGAGCAAAGGCUUCUCUGAUCUGGAGAGAGCAGGACAGCUGGAGACAGCGUCACUGCAAGUACCUUGUUUUCUUAAUGUAGCUUUCAGGUGUAGUUGCGGGAUUAGGUAUCGGGCACCCCCUCACACCCUCGGGCUGGGUUGUCUCUGGUCACAGCCUCAAGGUGGGCCGCCUCUCCUGCUCCCACACUCCCCGUGAGCACCACAGACUGAGUUACUAAAGGGUGGCCCUGAGGGUGUGGGCAGGGAGGGACUUCAGGGCUGAGAUGAAACUCCAGAAACUCCAGAAGGGGCGGGUGACGGAGGCAGCAGGGAUGCCAUCUGUCAGUCAGGUGACCUGGAAGGCCUGCGAAGGGAAUGUUUGAGCUGGGUGAGGCCUUGAGGUAAGAGGACCAGUAUUUGGGGAAGUCCCUCAUGUGCGUCCUGAGGGUAUUUGGGGAGCGUUUCCUCACACGUGGGACAGGGAGGUUGAUAGGACCUGUAGUCAGAAAGGGGUGGGUUCCUGGGCCACAGCAACAAUGUCCAGUGUCAAGAAUACUGGGUGUUAGGUCAUCGGGGAACUAGAUACCCCUUGCAUCACCACACUAACAUAGUUCCCUCAGCAGGGCUUCCUGUUGCCCUCAGAGAUGUUUCACACACGUCGUCAAGCAAACCAAGAGGGUCCUUGACAUGACUGAGCAGGAGGGGGCACCAGAACCCAGCCUUCUUGGGCCCCUGCAGUAGCCUGGAAAGUGGAUGCAGGUCUGUGAGGCUACUACAUUCAGGGCAUCAGGCUGGGCUCCAGACUGCCACUGCUGCCCUCAGCACCCCUGUGAGAGGUGUCUCCUCUGCCUGUCCCAUGUCCAGCCUUCUCUCCGCUGCCAUGUCGCAGCUCACAGGGCUCCCAGUCUCCUGCUGAGCCAUGGACUCAGCCCGUCACCUCUCACCACAUCCCCAGCACACACACAGACUGUUCCCAGCACACUGAGUCCCUGUGUCGUUUCUGGUGGCCAGCAUGCAUUUCCACCUGUCAGUGACACGUGGUGCUCAGCCCAUAGGCCUGGUUUCCAGGCUGCACCUCACUGACCUCCCUUCCGAACACCCUCUGCAAGACUGACUUGAGAUGCAUUUAUUGAAUCAGUAAAUUCAUGUACCGUUUAGUUGUUUAUUUUUUAACCAUGUCUGUCACUCUUUCCCCUUAAAUUUCUUAUUAAAUAUGAAAGUUCGUGGGCCUCCCUGGUGGCCUAGGAGUUGAGUCUCUGCU